AACCCCAGGUCUCACCAACGUGCGGCUGAACCAAAUCGGUUUUUAAUUGGCUGAUCGAGCUGUCACUUAGACGAUUGCAUCAUGCUGCUUUUUCGGGGAAAGACCCGUAUGAUUUCGCAACAAUCCUUUGUGCGGGGCGCUUAGUGUCACACAACGUAUUGACGGCGGAGGAAAACGAUCACCCACAGAGGUGUCAAAAGAAGGUUAUCGUGGAGGGGGAGGAAAAGGACUUCCUUCCCCAGGCAGCAGAGGGCUCGUCUUACUAAGCUCAUCAGUCAGAUCACCCCUACUGCAUUCAGCACCAGCAAGGCUCAUUUAAAAUGAAUGUAUCCCCACGUGAUAUAGCUGAAGGCCUUGGAGAUUCCCAACCAAGCAGCCCAGCCAGUCCACAGCUUGUGCCUCUAAACCCAGGAGGAGGAGGUAAAGCCACUCCUCCCAGCAAAACCAGCAAGAAAGGACAGCGGUCAGACCGUAGCACUGAAGAAUACCGUCUGCGCAGAGAGCGAAACAAUAUGGCUGUGAAAAAGAGCAGAUUAAAGAGCAAACAAAAAGCUCAAGACACAAUGCAAAGAGUCAACCAGCUGAAAGAAGAAAAUGAAAGAUUGGAGUCAAAAAUCAAGCUACUCACCAAAGAAUUGAGUGUACUGAAGGACUUGUUUCUGGAGCAUGCUCACAGCCUAGCAGAAAAUGUACAGCCUACUAGCUCCACAUCAGAGCAGGAUAGUGAUGCAAAAUAACUCAAUACAUCUUAGAUUUAUUGUGGCAGGUGAAGAAGGACAAGACAACACUGUCUGCCAUUUUGUCUACUCAUGAACUUUGUAAAGGAAAAUGCUGGCAACAGUAACUGUGUGUUCUGUUAGGUAUUUUGCAGUUUUACAGAAAUGCAGAUGUCAGUUUAUGGUCCAUGUAUGUAAGGCCUCGGUUUCAGACUCUAGCCUAUGGCACUUAAGACUUUUACUGAAAAAGCAUGAAGGCUACCCUUGUUGACCUUACCUUUGAAAACACAAGUUCUCUGGUGGCUGUGCUGAUCAAGCACCUUCUGGAUAUUCUAGAUCACUGACCUGGAGCUAGUAUGCAUAUUAGGAGUUUUGACUUCACUGGGCCUUUCCUAAUUUGCAUGCUUUUUUCCAGGCCAAUG